AUGCUCGCAUUUCUCCCCAACUUGGGCACAACUUCUGCUUCUGGAACAGCAAUUAACUUCAGGUUAAGUUAUUCUGCAUUGAAGCUUGCGCUUCUUGUGGGAAUCUGUGGCGAUGUACCGGGCACUGACGACGACGAAGUGCUGUUGGGCGACGUAGUCAUUAGCAAAACAGUGAUCCAGUACACCCUUGGUUUAACUAGAGCCACCAGCGCUUUUCAGGCCACCAUACUGGCCGAUAGCAACCGUGACGGCAAGGUAGACUUGGCAGACGAGACUGAUGACGAUAAAACUUUGUGGACCGAAGCAUAUGGCGCUCUUUUUCUAGCCAACAUAGGAGAUACAAAUGGUCGAUGUUCAUCCCAGGUCACGACUCGAACGCCAGAUGGAGAUUUGUCCAAGUGUAACGACGCCUCGGACAAUGUCCUCCGUAACUCCAAGUACAUUGCACCACUACGCACACUGCCAAUCCAGACGCUUAGUGAUGAUGCCAUCGGAAGUAUUAGCGUCCUCGGGGAGACUGCUGCUGAUAAUGUACGCAUCUUUCACAAGAGCGGCGAAGACUGGGUGUAUGUUGUGGAAAACACCACUUUUACCGCACAAGACCUAAGAGCAGGACUUGAACUGGGCAUCGAUGGCCGCAAUACGAGGUUUCCAGGCGUUUGGGAUGGCCGGGUACAGGUUCAAUUCAACGUCACUGAUGGAUCAGAGACAGGCAGCGAUUCCGUUGCAUUGCGUGUUGCUCCCGUAUUGACUCAUCAUCACCUCCAGCACGCCCAGCAAGUCUUCACUAAUAAUUAUCCUGGUAUGCCUCUUUCACAACAACGAUUCGCCAAGUCACUCAAAGACCCCGUUGCUCAGGCCGGCAUUGAGAAGCCUGUUUUCGAGUUUACUAGCGACCCCGAUAUCUGGGUACAAGAUUUUUUUGAACCGGGCUACUCCAGCAUCCCCGGCCCUAAUGGACCUGUGGUGUUGCGCAUAAACAUCAGGUCUGGACAGUCGUUCCGCUCCGCCGGCCGACAGAUUUUUACAGAUUUGCGAUCAGACUCUGUUGGUGCAAUCCAGUAUUUGGGGUCUGGCGAUACUACUGACUCCAUGGGGAAUUUGGAGACAAUUCCGCCGCACAGCUUCAAUAACAAGACAUAUACUGCCGGCCGUAUCAUAAUGGGCCAGCAUGACUCGAAAGACCCGUGGAUCAUGGCGUUUCUUAGAGCCCAGGAGGCUCAAGACCCCGUAAUUACUGAUCAUGAUUGGCUUGCGGUUGGACAUACGGAUGAGUACAUGCAGUUCCUGCCGGCGAAUAAUUCACGAGGCUGGGUUGUUAUGUUGGCCGAUCCACUUGCCGGUAUCCAACUGCUGAGAGAUGCGCAGGCGGCUGGACAUGGCGGUGUUACGGCAGUGUCUCGAGUCAAGGAUGCUUCCGAUCCCGAGCCGGGUUUUCAAGGAUGUCUGCCCAAUCUCACCAUUGAUCAGGUCCUGCAACUAGACAAUUUGACCGAACUCAACACCUUCGCCAUGCAGAACAUCCAGAAGAACAUUGAUAUUGUAAAAAAUGCUGUCGGACUCACCGAUGAGGAUAUUCUCUAUGUCCCCGGAAUUUAUUAUGACGAAUCGUUUCCCUGCACAGCCAAUGGGCCGGGGCGCAAGCAAUUCAACAGCUUCGCCGCAAUUGGUAAAGCAAAUGCGCUCAAACCUCUCUCGAUCAUCGAAGCUGUUAAUCCAAAUGAAUCUUUGGAAAAAAGACAGACCACAACACGUUACACAGGUCCCCGCCUCGUUGCAAUGUAUCCGGGCGCUGUCAAUGGUGUUGUGCUGAGCGAUUCCCAGGUUCUGGCACCUGCUCAAUGGGGCCCAAUUAUUGACGGAAAGGACAUACUUACGGCAGCCGUAGUUGAGGCAUAUUCUAAGGUAAACUUUACCGUCAUAUUUAUAGACGACUGGUAUGACCAUCAUGAGCUAGACGGCGAAGUUCACUGUGGGACGAAUGUCUAUCGUGAUGGCUCGGCCCCUUGGUGGUAGAACUCUUUGUUUGGCUCAUUACCCAUUGAUCCUAUUAGUUUUAGACAUCAUGCAUAGUGCGUACAUCUGAUGUAACAUUACAUACCGUAGCUAAUAGAUCAUGGUCGGCCAUGGCGCCUCACUUUU